AUGCCCGUACUGAAGACUCAGUCCGAAUUUGGACAUGCUCCUCCUCCUCAAACUCCCUACAGUGUUAUCACUAAUCUUCCAGGAUGGGACGUGGCGAGGGCCAUUCGAGAAGGCGAUCCUGCUCCUCUGAAGAAGCUGGUUCACAUAUAUCCCCGCUUCAUGCCCACGCACUAUUCUGCUCAACUUGGGCAUGAGAUUGCAAAACGUCUUGGCCAUACAGACAAGGCUGCAUUGGUUUAUCUUAACCCUGCGGUAUGGCCAUAUACUCUUCAUCAUAUCACCCACGAAAACCGCGGAGACAAACGCUUGACAGCCCAAGACGCCACUCUCAAAUGCGUCGAUAUAGCAGGCCAUAGAGUAUAUGUUGUUCUCGUUAGUCCAACGGCGAUACCUGCUGUGAUGCUCACUUGGCAGAAUCCAGGACUCGGAAUCUCUAUUCGUGGAGCUGAGGAUCUUCUCAAAGGCCUAGACACUAUCAAGGAAGUCCCCUAUGAGGCUGAAAAGGGCCCUAUCCCAUCUCCGACUUGGACCCCCGAGAGCGAAGCCCAUGGUGACCUCCGGACCAGGAUCGUCGACCUUCUCCAUCGUGCGCCGGUUGAUGCAGACAAGGUCAAGUGUACACCAAGCGAUGUGUUUCUGUACCCGACGGGCAUGGCUGCUAUCUUCCACUCCAGCUCUCUGUUGACAAAGCACCGACCCGGCACUAUUGUCGUGCUGGGCAUCAUCUUCCACAAUACAUACCACCAUCUUAUAGAAGAAUGCCCGCAAGGAUUGAAGCACUUUGGAAAGGUUGAUGAACAAGGUCUUUUGGCCUUUGAAGAUUGGCUGAAGCAUGAGAAGCAAGAGGGAAGACCUGUUAGCCAUGCAUUUGUGGAGGUUCCUGGGAAUCCAACCUUGGAAACUGUCGAUACGAAUCGUUUGAAGGAACUAUCUGAAGAGUAUGGAUUCUUUCUCAUCAUCGACGACACAAUCAGUGGUUUCGCCAACGUUGACGUCUUAUCCAGCUCAGACAUCCUCCUUUCGUCUCUCACCAAGUCCUUCAGUGGCUAUGCCAAUGUCAUGGGCGGUUCCAUCGUCCUAAAUCCCACUUCUCCCCAUUAUCAUAAUCUUCGGACCCUUUUCAAAGAGUCUCAUCAUAACGAGCUCUUUGCUUCCGAUGCUCAAGUCUUGCUCUCCAAUUCAAGGGACCUCCUUGAGCGUACCAAGAUUCUGAACCGGAACGCUCUCGCCAUGGCCAACUUUCUCAACAGUGCCAGGUCGGCUCCAGACUCUCCUGUGGCCAAUGUGCAAUAUCCCAAGCAACUCAGCAGCAAGUCAAACUACGAUGCAAUUCUAAGGCGAGCAACACCAGAACUGCCAGAGCCUGGAUACGGCUGCCUCCUGACUGUUGAAUUCUCAACUGUUGAAGCUGCGACAGCCUUCUACGACAGGACAGGCUUCUAUCCGAGCCCUCACCUUGGCGGACAUGUCACAAUCAUGUUUGCGUACAACAUGGUCGUCUUUGGUAAGAAACCAGACGAGAAGGCGUAUAUGCAUCAACUAGGAGUCAGGGAAGCAAGUGUGCGUAUCUCGGCUGGUCUAGAAAAUGAACAAGACUUGAUCGACACUCUGACAGAUGCUCUGGAAGUUGCUACUGAAGUCAACAAAGGGCUCGGACAGGACAUUAACACCCCGGCACACGUUCCAAGGCUGGUAGAAUGA